AUGGCGUCGAAAAUUUUCGAGAUUGCGCUGAAGAUCCCGGACACCAUCAAGGGCUUCCGCAAGGAUCGCAUGUCGACGCUUCGGCCGUUGUCUGAGUUCUUUGACCACCAGCGAAUCAGCAGACCGCAGGACCUCAAUGAGGCGACGCAGCGUAUCACAUACAACACGAGACAUUUCUCGGGCAACUACAUGAUCAUCAUUGUUGCCCUUGCCGUCUAUGGUCUCCUCACGAAUGGCCUCCUCCUAAUCGCUUCUGGCUUCCUCGUCGGCGGCUUCAUCCUCAUCAACAAGUACGCGGCCGAGCCGAUGCAGGUGGGGGAUCACACCAUCACCCAAAAGCAUCUCUACAUGGGUCUCUUCAUCAUCGGUCUGCCCAUGCUCUGGUGGUCCAACCCCUUUUCCCUCUUCUUCUGGCUCGUCGGCUCCUCCAUGAUCCUCGUCCUAGGCCAUGCCAGCUUCAUCGAACCGCCAGUCUCGAGCGAGUACACGGGGGUGGAGCAGGUAUAG